AUGCCCUCACAUAUUCUGAGCACCCUAGCAGCUCAAUUACGACCAUUUGGCCUGUGUUGUGAAUACUUAUCACCUGGUCUUGUGGAGACUGUCUUCUUACCCAUUGUGCUACGCUUGUUAGACUGCCUGGAUCGGCUUGUCGAGUCUUCUCGACCAUUUGAGGAGGUAACUUCCGCAGCCGCUGGCAGCGUUCCUACAAAAACUUCGUGUCAUAACCUGACGACCAAAGCAUUAGCCCCAGGGUCCGAGUCUUCCUCUGUCGGAACCUCUUCUCCAGGUCUUGGCCUAGAGGAUAUCCGUACAGAAAGCUUUUCCAAUUUCACCUUCUGCCUUCGUGAAUUUUUGCGUAGAGUACCAGGCCAAGAGGAGAAGAUUUGCCAGCUAGAAGCCUUGAGGCUCAAGGUCGUCUUGCGAACACUCCAUGUGAGAUUCUGGGCAGGCUAUUAA